AUGGUCGGCUGGCUGGCCACCGUCGACCGGCAGACGGUGUCAAACCUCACCGGCACAUUUUCAUUCGUCGUUUGGCUCUUCGCGCAAUCCCCGCAGCUCUACGAAAACUACCGACGUGGCUCUGUCGAUGGCCUCUCUGCCGUCUUUCUCACACAAUGGAUGCUCGGCGAUGCCACCAAUCUUAUUGGCUGCAUCCUCACCCAGCAGCUGCCAUUUCAGAUUGCCGUCUCGACCUACUUUUGCUGCAUCGAUGUCUGCAUCAUGGUGCAAUUCGUGUACUACAAGCUCAAGUCAAGAAGAGAGCGGGCACGGCGCACAAAGAAUCGAUCGCGGCAGCGUACCGGCAGUCUCACUUCACCCUACCCAGCAAACUCGUACUCGGUGCUUUCCGAGACAAGUGAGCUGCUCGGUGGCAGGGCAAGUCGUCAUAACUCCUACCUACGCAGCUCGAGCAGGCGGCGGAAUUUGUCGCACUCUCAACAGCUUGUCAAUCCGCAUCGACACAUCGCGCAACACGCCUAUUCACAGCACGACGCGCUCCCGCCAUUAGCGCGGACAUCCACCGACAAAGCAGACGAUGCGGCCGACGGGGAGGCAACUCGUCGUCGCCCUCACUUCGGGUCAUCUCGAUCCAGAUCUCGUCAUGCUCCUCCGAUCAGCAGAACGAGCUCUACAGACACUGUCCCUGGCUUUGGCAGCGGUUCUGUCGCCAACUACCGCGCCCUUUCUGAUGCAGCCAUGUCGGUCGCACAACUAGCACACGAGGCGGCUAGGAGACGCGAGGCGAUGCUGCAUCACGCAACAGACGAGGACUACUUUUCACAUCGCAAGCCACACUCGCAUCGCAGCAAGUCGAGGGCCUCUUCUUCACCAAACCACUCUCAACCAUCGUCACGGUCACGGUCGCGAGUCAACAGCAACGACCUCACCCAUCCAGACGCGCUCCAGGCCGACUUGGCAGCAUCCACACAGUCGAUGCCAGCCGUGCAAGAAGGUUCCAGCUCAGUCCCGCGCAAAUCCCGUGCUACACGAUCGAUGAGCGCUCGCAGGAAGGGCCCGGCAGGACAAGUCGACUUUGUCCCGUCAGCAUUGAGUCCGACGCGGGAGAGCAAAGAUGCGGACGACGAGGACACAUCACCCAAGCCAAAGAUGCAGCAAGGAGACGAUGGAGACCAAACGGAAUCGGCAUCCGAAGCCGAGUCUGGUUCCGAGUCUGCGGCGCAGGAGGCUAUGACGAAAAGCAUUGACAGCCUAGCCAGUGUCAGCACCGAGAGCAGCACCGGAAGCGGACCCCUCGAGCCUCGAGGUCGCGACAUGGUCCGCACCGCCAACCGAGUCGACACGGCUCCCGUCUCGGGCACAGCAACGCCCAACGAAGGUGCCGCUCCGCGUCGCGAUGCAGCGUCUUCGCCAUUCUCUUCCGAAUCUUCGUCCAAUGGCACUGUCCGACAUGCGUCGGCCGAUUCGGCGCCAAAGGAUGACGCAGUUAGGAUGUCUCAGUCUCAUCAUCAGCUUGGGCAACACGAGCGUGCGAACACCACCAUUGAGGCGGCCCAGGCUUCACAAGAAGGCGAACCAAAAUCAAGAAAGCGACGGACACACGACUCGACAAGAGAAUCGUCCCCGGCUGCGCCGCUGCAUCGCUCCGUCGACUCGCUGAACCCGUCCGCUUCCGCAAAGGACGGGAGCAGGAAGAGGGGCAUGUACCGCACCUCGUCAUCACGGUCCCACACCAAGCAGCUGUCCCGCAGCACGUUGGGUAUGACCUCCACGACCACCAACUCCGGCCUUACAGGAAGCAGCAAAAAGCGCAGCGGGACCAAAUCGCCUGCCUCGAUGCGACGCAGCAUCGGCAUGGUCCUUCUCGGCAUCAUGAUGAUCACCUCCCUACCAGCCACCUCCACAGCUGCGGUCAUUCCCACCCCCUCCUCACCUCUGCUGCUGACCCUGUUCGAUGAGGCCACAUCGUGGAAUCGCCUCGUGGGUCGAAUCAGCGCCUGGCUGUGCGCGUUGCUGUACAUCACCUCGCGCAUCCCGCAGAUCUGGGAGAACCACAUCCGUCGCUCUGUCGCCGGCCUCUCGAUCCUCCUCUUCAUCGCCGCCUUCACCGGAAACUUGUUGUAUACGAUCAGCGUUCUGACCAAUCCGAGCGCGAGCGGUGAGGGCAGUAGGGCGUAUCUCCAGGAGAGUCUGCCGUUUUUGUUGGGCAGCGGUGGAACGUUGGUUUUUGAUCUGAUUAUUGUGGCGCAGUGGAUGGCGUGGAGGAAGAAGGGCGUGGCAUUGGCGUAG